AUGCCACUUGUUUCUGGUUUUAUUCUUCGAUUUUUCGAAUUUAGUACCGCGGUCGCGGUCGCGGAUAGGUCGCGAGUAGGUUCCGAAACGAACGUUUAUGUAGGUAUUGCUCGAGCACGCACAUGCGAACGGACAGCGAUCACUAUGAUCGAUGAUCGUUCCUGUGUAUUGGGGUCAGCUUCCGCGGUUUAUCUUUUUAUUUCAUCUUUUAUUUUUUGGUUUAUGAUUAGAAAGACUCGAGCUAGAUGUAAGUUUCAGCGGGCAUUGCGUUCGAAGAAAGAAGAGGCUAAAAGCCGAAGAGGCCCGGCAAACUGCCACGAAGAGGGUCACAACAAAUGGCUUCUCAUCCUCUGGAUCAUUCAAAUGAUUCCAGAGCAUGGGAAAUCAUUCUCGUUACUACUUUGUCACUAUGCUCUUUUACGUUGCGUUUUCGAAAUGCCCAAAUUCUUCCACUGGAUUCGUGGAAGGCUGUUCCUGCUCCUGGAUCACCUGAUGCAGCUACAAGAGCUGCACAGAAAUGAUCAUUAA